AUGGAACACUAUUACAUUGACGACAUAGCUGAGUACGCUGCUAAGGGAAACUUGGAGAGCAUCAGGGUUUUGAUCAAUGUACAUCAGGAAUUCAAUGACGAAAUUUUUGGAGAAAUUUUGGCUAGACCGAUGCUGGCAGCAUCCGAGAACGGUCACCGGAAUGUCGUUGAAUAUUUGAUGGAGUGCGGGUCCAAUCUUGAAGUCUACGAUGAAAACGGAGUAAUUGCUUGCGACUGUUAA